AUGAUUGUGACUCUCCUGCGUAAGUUCCGAGUGGCCGACAAUCCGCGUAAAUUUGCUCUCUAUGAAUGUUCUCAGGAGAAUGAUGAAGAAACAUGCACGUUGUUAAGUGAGUUUCUUUUCAUAUCAGAGAUAACAGGGCGUGUGUGGCGCAGUUGUCAGAGGUGCCAAUCAAUACACUUGGGAUCGAUCCCGCCCCACAGGCUCGAGCUCGAGCUAGUAGCACUGGCUCGAUAA